AUGGUUCGGAUCAAGGAGCGAUAUCUUCUCGUCAACAUCGUCUACCCGCCCACCGCCAUCGCCCAAGCGAAUUUUCCCGGUCCUGUCGUCCUACACCAGCCUACCUUGGAGAAGCUGACGCCCCAGGCGCUUCUCAAGGCCAUCCGCGCCGAGGUAGGCACUCUCUUUGGUGAAUAUGGCGUGGGCGCGCUUCAGGGUCAUCUCUCAGUUAAAUACCUGUCCCUUGCGACGUCUACAUGUAUCCUCCGAUGUCCCAGAAAACACUUCCAGAUGGUCUGGGCUGCACUGACCAUGAUGGACCGCGUCCCCGUCAAGGAUGGCCGCUCAUGCAUCUUCCGUGUCAUCCGCGUCAGCGGCACCAUGAGGAAGGCCGAGGAGGAAACUAUUAGGCAAGCCCGAAUGCUCAUCCUGGAAGCCAAGAUGGAUGCCUCAUGCAGAAAAUCUCCGACUAUCCCCGCCGUGGGCGACCCUCAAGCUCAAGCCCUCCUCACGCUACCCUCGCUCUCAACCGACUUGGGCGACGACGACGCCAUGGAUGACGACGAUGGAAGAUAA